GAACUGCGCAAGCAAUAGGUUCUUUUCUUCCCCUAUAUUAUCCACGUACAGAGAAAAACAAGCCUUUUUUCAUUCAUCAUUCUCUCUCUUCUAUGGAACCAAACAAAUUCUGAGCAGAACAUAACUCAGUACCUUAACGUAACAUGUUUUCUGGUUGACUUUGAUUGGGACGAUGAUGUUGUUGCAACAAUCAACCUUCUGUGUUACUACUUCCACCCAAUUUACCUCCCUUGUCAGCCAAAGGAACCCACUUCGUCUUCUCCAACAGGUGGGUUCCUUUCGUUUUCCCAGAAAGGUUAAAGCUUCUACCUUUAUAGUUUCUGCUUCUCUUGGUGCUGGUUUUUUCAAUGACAUCGCUCAAAUUGCGCAGAACAAGGUUCUGGUUGCAGCUGGAGUUUCAAUGGCAAUUGGGCAAUUUUCUAAGCCAUUUACUUCUGUGUUUCUGUACGGCAAAGAGUUUGAUGUCAAGGCUCUUAUUCAAGCUGGAGGUUUCCCUUCAUCACACUCUUCUGCAACAGUGGCUUGUGCAACACUCCUUGGCCUUGAGAGAGGCCUCUCAGAUCCUAUUUUUGGUCUUGCACUUGUCUAUGCUGGCCUAGUUAUGUAUGAUGCUCAGGGUGUAAGAAGAGAAGUAGGGAUUCAUGCUAGGACAAUGAACAGACUACUUCUCCACAUGCAUUCCAAACAUAAAGAUGCUUUGAUCAACUCUCAAUCUGGUUCAUCCAAUCCACCAAAACUUGAAGAAACUCAUGAAAAGUCCCAUUUGUCCCAAGAAACCACUUCUUUGGAAGCACAGCAUGUCAAUGCAUGUGUAUUAGUUAAAUCAGAAGGCAAAAUAAGGCCAAGUGAUGAGGAGUUACUAUCCUCUGGCUUCUCAGAAGAAAUAUCAAAUUUGGUUGAUGAUGGCUUACUACCAUUUAAAGAAUCUAUUGGUCAUACUGAUGUUGAAGUCAUAGCUGGUGGUUUACUUGGAUUUUUGGUGGGUUUGGCUGUGUUUAAUUUAAAGUAAAGUCUUUAGUUUUUGAUGAGUUAUUUUAUAACGAUAUAGCUUAAUUUGAAUAGGUUAUAGAUAUGAAAGUAAAAAGAGAGUUCAGGUCGGUUAUAGCUGGAUUUAUGAUUGGAUUCUUUGAACAAAUAUUAUGUGUAUCAUAAAAUAUUUA